AUGGAGAAUGGCCCUCAGCUCUCUGUGGUGACGGAGCAGUCCAAGGUGGUGUCGAGGCGGGGGGGUAAUGCCACCCUGCCCUGUAAGUUCCACAGGGAUGCGUCACUGCCGGCCAACCCCAAACUGAGGAUCAAAUGGACUAAGCUGACCUCAGACUACCUCAAAGAGGUGGAUGUCUUCGUUGCCAUGGGUUUCCACAAGCGGAGCUACGGACGUUUCCAUGGACGCGUCUACCUACAGGACUCGGCCCCCACGGAUGCGUCGUUGGUCAUCACAGAACUCACACUGGAGGAUUAUGGGAGAUAUAAGUGUGAGGUCAUCGACGGGUUGGAAGAUGGAACAGGCGUGGUGUCCCUGGACCUGCAAGGUAUCGUCUACCCAUACUUCCCUCGGCUGGGUCGUUACAACCUGAACUUCUUUGAUGCCGAGCGGGCGUGUCGCGAGCAGGACUCCAUCGUGGCGUCGUUUGACCAGCUGUACGAGGCGUGGCGUGGGGGUUUGGACUGGUGCAACGCUGGGUGGCUGAGUGACGGAUCCGUCCAGUACCCCAUCACCACCCCCAGGGAACCCUGUGGCGGCAAGAACACUGUCCCCGGGGUACGCAACUACGGCCUCAGAGACAAGGAGAAGAACAGAUACGACGUGUUCUGUUUCACCUCCAACUACAAAGGGCGGUUCUACUACCUGAUCCACCCCUCCAAGCUUACAUAUGACGAGGCUGUGCGUGCGUGUCAGAAAGACGGCGCUCAGAUCGCCAAGGUGGGCCAGAUGUACGCCGCCUGGAAGCUAUUGGGCUACGACCGCUGUGACGCCGGCUGGUUGGCUGACGGGAGCGUCCGUUACCCCAUCACCCGCCCCCGUAGGCGCUGCAGCCCAACGGAAGCUGCCGUGAGGUUCAACGGCUACCCUGACAAGAAACACAAGCUGUAUGGAGUCUACUGCUUCAAGGGCCACAACUAAGAACCCCAAUACGCUUACACACACACUCACACACACUAGAGAAGUUAAUACAUUUACAGAGAGUAGGAUGGAGAGGGAGAUGAGAAGAGGAGUUAAGAGAGAGGGAGGUCAUAUAGGGGAAGUUACUGAUAUAAAACAUUUUAAAUAAAACAUUCAAACUGUGAUAUUUUCUUUUUAGAUACAGUAAAACGAGAGGUGUGAGAGUCAUUUUAAACAAACCAUGUUUUUUUUGUAAUCUGGGACCUGAUAGUGUAUGGGGGAUAUGUUAUUUAAUCUGUUAUUUCUACGUAGGGACAGAAAGGAGGGAUGGAUUUGGGGAUGGUGGGAGGGAGGGAAUGGUGGUGGAGAAACAGAUGAUGUCACAUUGUCCCAAAGUGACAUUGUAAGUGGACGAGGCAUACCAUAGCUUGAAGGAAGUCCUUGGACUGAGAACAACCCAGUAAAGCUUCUGAUAACUGAACUGAUACCUUUGGGCACUUACCUUUUCUGUUCAAUUAAACCCAGGACAACAAAAGAGCAACAAUAUUCACACAAACACAAAAAGCAAAGAUAGCGUAGCUCAAGCUAUUAUUAUUACGUUAUAGAAUGCAACUACAGCACAAUGAAAAUCCAGUCUGCUGUCCAUCUUUCCAGGGUGCUACAACAGUGUCAUGUACUUCACCAUCAUUUUGACUAGUUUAUUUAAUAAUGUGUGUGGACCAGACAUCAUUCUCAUCAUAGAAGUUGAUAAAAAAAAAAGGAGAAGCCAACCAUUAGCAUUGUUUAGUUUCUUUUUUACUAUGAAUAUUUAGAAUGUGAGUAUCUAGAAUUGUAUUUCUGUUUAUGGAUGUCUUUUGAUAUAGAAAUAUUGUUUUAUUAUCUGCGCUACGCUAUCCCAGAGUUCUGUACUGUCACAGGGCUCAAGUGUCGAAACUAACCCCAGAAACAUACAAACGAGGAAACCAAAAUACAAAUGUUGCACUGGACACUGUUUAUGUCAGAAGACGUACGGUGGCCUAGAGGGGACAAGGUAAACCGCAUUUAGUCCUCAGCAGCAACACAAAAUGCCUGGCAAUAGUUGUCUUACUGAGUAGUACUGUGACACGCAGACCUGCAGUAUAAUAUGUAUGUAAACACUAGUUGCUGUGCCUCUAUGUACACCUUAGCCUCUAGUUUAGAAACACAAGGCAUGCCGCUGAGCUUUUAUACACAGCAGAAAGCCAAAAGCAACACUUGCAGUGUAAAUCCCAAUUUUUUUAAAAUAUUUUUUUGGUGUGCUAUUUUUGACACAAAUAGUUUCUUAUAGUGAAUGAGUAGACCCAGUGAUAUCUGUGAAACUGGUUGUUUGAGCACUGACAAGCUGUUAGCUAGCUAACGAUGCUAUGUUAGUCUGCAUGGCUAAGCUAAGCCUCAGGCCAACAGCUCAGGCAUAUCUAUUUAUCUGCAUGAACACAGAGCCUGCGAUACCCUCGCUCACCACUAGCAGUGCAGCCCACUCUAGACUAGCCCAGUGAAUUGGCCAGAUAAUUAUCCUAUUUAAAAACACCAUUGGUUCCUGCAGGUACAGUAAGAGACUCCCAUGUAAGAACAACACAAGGGCUGACGUACACUAGCACAAGAGCUUACAGCAACACUAGCUGGCUCCAAGAGAAUGUUAGGUCAUUCCUUGAGUGUUAGGUUAGCUAUACUUGGCUCAACCUUACAUAGUUAGCUUAUUGUUGAGUUAGCAAGACUUGGCUCUACCGUGUCCUAUCACAACUGUACUCAGAGGUGAGUACAGGAACGCCAGUGGAAGGAGCAAAAAACAUGGACCGUUAUCACAAAGACCUGCUGGACAGACACAUAUAUUUAUAUUGAAAUUAGCCUCAGAAACUAUGUUAGUACAAAAAAUAUGUACACUACCGUUCCAAAAUUUGGGGUCACUUAGAAAUGUCCUUGUUUUUGAAAGAAAAGCACAUUUUUU